AGACUCAGGUAUUUCUCACCCUGUCGAGGAGAAGAGGGAGCGGAGCCCGUGGCUGCCUGAGAACCUUAGGGAUCCCUGAAAGAGAGAGCGGGAGGGAGAGAAAGAGAGGCAAGGGUCCAGCGCCUUGAGUGCGGAGUGAGAAUGCUGUAAGGAGCACAGUUCAGCGAGGAAAUAAACAGGACUUUUCCAUCUUUAUUUUAAAAAAGACAGUGGACUAUCCGAUCCCCGAUACGUAGGGUGAGGGUCUGAGUGGAUUGUACAGAACCAAACAGACAUAACCAGCACCAUGGGAGCCCCCAGGGUGAAGAAGUCCUUUUUCUCGCGGCUGCUCUUACUCCUAUUGUGCAUCCCCCCCUCGCUCGCACAGGACGAGUACUCUGGUUACCACUCAGGUGAUGAACACACCUAUGAGGGCUCCUUGGUCGACAACUAUGAGCAUUCAGGAUACCCACAUCCAGAGGAAUACCCACCGGAGCCCACUCACAGCUAUGAGGAGCAGCAACCCUCAUCUGGAUAUGACCCCUAUGCACCAGCCCCCACCAGUGUGAGCAUGAUCACAGAGGACUCCUACCCCUACACCACCACUACACAGGUGCCAUACGAGCAGGAGCCCUACUACGAAGAGUCGCUCCAGGCCCCUGGUGGUGGGGAGGCUUCUCUGGGGGAGGAGGGGCCAACCGACUGUAACUGUGAGCCAGGAGAGCCAGGGUUCGCUGGGUUUGCAGGGCCCAAGGGAGCCAGAGGACUGCAAGGUAAAGAUGGCUUCCCUGGGGCUCAAGGACGGGAGGGGUACAAAGGAUUCAAAGGAGUUCUAGGAAGAGGCGGAGACACAGGGCCUGAGGGUGACUCUGGGCCUGAUGGGGAGGACGGUGCUUCUGGUUUCUCUGGAGCCCAGGGCUUGCCUGGUCUUCCUGGCGAUCCAGGUGAGACUGGGGUGCUAGGACUGAAGGGUGACAUCGGUAUGGAGGGGCCACGCGGAGGAGUGGGGGUUCCGGGUGAGACUGGUCCAAUUGGUGAGGCAGGGCCUGGUGGUCUUGAUGGAACUGGAGGUAUCAAGGGAUCAACUGGAGCAGAAGGGAAACAGGGUCCUGAGGGAGCAGAAGGGGAAAAGGGUCAGAUUGGAGCACCUGGAUUCUCAGGGGACCAUGGGGAGAUGGGCUAUAAUGGGUAUCCUGGAGAGCCAGGAGGCAGAGGAGAGACCGGUCACAAGGGUGACCAAGGCCCAGGGGGCAUGCCAGGCAGUGACGGGGAGCCUGGAGAGGAUGGUCCACUUGGAGUUCCUGGGGUGAUCGGCUUUCCUGGAGAGUUUGGACAAAAGGGCGCGAAAGGGGAUCGUGGUGUGAGGGGACCUCCUGGGAGAGUAGGAGCUGGGGGGCCUCAAGGAUAUAGAGGAGAUGCAGGAGUUCCAGGGAAACCAGGACCUAAAGGCCUGCAGGCCCAGCCUGGAGCCAAGGGGGAGACAGGACCCGAUGGUGAGAAGGGUGGGGUUGGAAGAACUGGAGUGAAGGGAGGGAAAGGAGACAAGGGAAGUUUUGGAGCACGUGGUGACAAAGGACAGCAAGGGGAGAGAGGUACCAUCGGCCCUGAUGGCAUUGUUGGACGAAAUGGACCCCCCGGCAUUCCAGGCUCCAGAGGAGAGCCAGGUCCAGGCGGUGACCUGGGCGUCAAAGGUGGCUCUGGACCUAAAGGAGUGCCAGGUGCCCCUGGCCCUGGGCUGACAGAUGAGCAGGUAUUGCAGCUAUGUAAAGGAGUGGUGACAGCCCAGAUCUCCCAGUAUGCUGCUUCCAUCCGGGCCAAGUGUUCCCAAGGAUGCCCCAUCAACAACCGCACACUCAUUGGGCCGCCCGGAACCAGGGGACCAACUGGAGAAUCAGGCAAACCCGGUAAAGCGGGCAAAGCUGGAGCCAAAGGAGCCAGGGGCAUCCAAGGGGACACAGGAAUGGAUGGUCAGAAGGGGGCAGAGGGUGAAAGAGGUACAAAAGGUCUGAAAGGAAAGGGGGGUGAGCCUGGUAAAGGUCUGCCAGGACACGAUGGGCAUCAAGGCCUCAGAGGGCUGCCAGGCCACCCAGCAGAGCCAAAGAAAGGUAUGGCAGGUCCCAGAGGGCCCCGUGGUUUCACAGGCGCUUUGGGCCAGCCUGGCAUGGCGGGCAACACAGGAGUGCCCGGCUUCUGUGAGGCACGGGACUGCAGCAUUCACGCGCCUGUGAUGCGCAAGGAGCAGGGCCUGGUGAAGGGACCCCACAAUCUAAGCCCCAAGAUCUAACCCCAAGAAGGAGCUUCAGAAAGGGGUGAAGGAAUGGUCCACGAUGAGGAGUCAUAUUGGACAGUUGCGCCAUGGCAACGUUGGGGUUAAUUCCAUUCACAUCUUAGCCAAACCAGGAAUUGAAGUUGACAUUGAGUUUUGAACUGGGAAAUGACCAAUGUGUACAGCAUUGAUCUUUUUGAAUUUCUGCACAGAGAAAUGAACCCAACCUUGACUGCAUUCCAUCUGAGCCAAGCAACGCUCCCAAUUAACUCUAAUGUUUAGGCAUAAUUGAUAACUUUUUCGCUAGGCCAAAAAUACAUUAUUAAUUUUUUAUGCAGAAACAAAAAAGAAAAUUGUCUUCCCCCAAGCAAACCAUAAGUAAAGGGGCUUGAAAAACUGAUAUGAUCAACAAUGCUGUGGAUCCAUUGAAAAUAAAAAGUUAUGUAAAUAAUGUUGUAAAGUAUCGCAAGUACAUGUACUGUGUGUUCUGAAAUAUCACUGUUUUAGAUAAAUGCUGUCUUACCUUUUUUUAAGAUGAGUCCUCACUUUUUUAGUCGCCACAGUUUGAGUGUCUUUCUGAGAAUGUGUGGUCUCUUUCAGUCAUCUCAUGUUAUUUGGGUUAAUCUAAAUAACUUUAUUUUUUUUACAUUUACAGAUGAUCACAGAUCAAUAUAUAAUUUUUAAAAACAUACUAUUUGAUAUGAUUUCAUAUUAAAAAUAAUACAUUGAAAUGUGUUAUACAGUAUAUUGUAUUUUGAAUUUAUAGUUAAAUAAUCUGGCAAUGAUUUGUAGGACAGCACAAAAUGUCUGCCGAUUAAAUGAAUUAACUACCGGUAUAUUCAUUGGAUGGCGGUUUUGAUUUUUAAAUAAAUGUAUGUACAUUAUUCAUAUCACCUCUUAACUGA